AUGGCGAAAUUAAUAAUAUUAUCAAUCAUAUUAUUUGUUGUAGUUGCUGCAGCAACAAUACCAAAUGAAGAUGGACCAACUGAAUUAGUUGAGAAUAAUAAUAAUUGGAACAUGCCCGAUAACAUUAAGAUUGUUACUACUCCACCUUUUGAUUCGUACUUUGUCCAAACUCAUAAGUUACCACCUCAGGGUCUACAAUGGACACUCAAAGGAAAGACUAGUGAGCUGCACUUGAUAGGUGAUCGUGAGACUCUGUUGAUGAUCCAGCCAAAGCCAACUGCCACUUAUGGGUUCAACAGUCCACCAACAGUACAGAUUACCUGUACCAUUGAUAAUAAGGAGUACUCUGUUGUGUUGACCACCAAUCCACCUGACCAACUACCACCCACCGAGGCCAAGCAACCACCAAUUGCCACAAAUGCCUACUCUGUACGUAUCACCCGAGAGUUUGUCCGACCUGGAAUGAAAGUAGUUGUCAAUGAUGAUGUGACCCAGGUGAUCAUGCCCAAGGUUGGAAUGGAUGGUACCCUCCGUCAGUUCAAUGUUCCCUUCUAUCUGUUUGGUGCCACCGAUGCCACCAUUCCAAUUGGAAAUACAAAGGCCGAUCCCGCGAGAAAGGCAGCAAUAUUCCAAACUUGGCCAGUUGCCAACCUGGAGGUGAUCGAUCAUCCAAUGGAGAGAUUGAGUUGGGACUCAAUAGUGAUGUUGCCGGCCAAUAAUAACCCUGCAUACAAGAUCUUUGGUGCCAGUAGCAUGAAGGAUGGAUAUGACCUCAUGAAUACUGUGUUGCCAUUCCUCAAGGCUUUGCAGACUACCAGUGGAGAGGUCAACACCAAUCAAUUGUACUAUUCUCCCUUGAUUGCCUUGAACAUUCCAAAUGGAAAUUUCUCAGGCACUGGUGGAGGUCUAGGUGGUGGUACCGUAGGUGCCGGUGAUCAUGUCUACUCUGGAAUAUUUAUCCACGAGAUGGGUCAUGCCAUGGGACUACCUCAUGCUGGAGAAGCGUACAAUGAUGGCCAAUAUCCAUAUGUAAAUGGAAGUUUAAAGGGCUCAGUUGUUGGCUUUGACAUGGAUCACAAUGAGUUCUUGGAUAUUUACAUCUCGCCCAACGCAACUGAUUUUUUCAAUUGCCAAAAACGCUCUGUGAUGUUCAAUGGAAAAUGUGUAAGACAGGAUCCAAUGCAAAGUGGCUCCGGUGCUCAAUCCAAAGGCUAUCCAUUCUCUUUGUUCUCAGACUUCAACAUGGCUGGCUUCCAACUCUAUCUCGAAGGCAACACCACCAUCAACAGCAAGGGUGAGCAUGUGCCCAACGGCAAGAUCGUGUACCGUCCAAACCGCAAUAUCUACGAGCAAUGGGACACAAUCAGUCUGGCCUAUGUCCAGGUGAAGGUGGCAACCGCAAGCAAGGGAUUGUACGGUCAGCUCAAUCUUGGUUUGCCAACGAAGCGUGAUGUGGACAUCUACACCAUCUUCAUGCAGCACAACUCUGCACCAACUUCUACCUGUGUCAACUGUUCAAUCAUUUACCCAUUGUCCAAGAAGUACAAGGGUAACCUGGUGGACUACAUCGACCCCACCAAUGCCACUCAACUGGCAACCAUAACACCAAACACUGGAGAUAUUCCAUGGUACUGUCAUUCAUAUGGAUGUGACUACACUAUGCGUGUCACCUAUGAUGACGGAUCGUUGUACAUCAAGGUGUUGGCCAAAGGUGUCAGAGGCUGGUUCAAACCAACCGAUGUUCCACACCCUAACUACAGCAAUCCACUUAGUAGUGAUAUUUUGAAUGAGAUUGUGUGA